GGAAUCUUUGGCAUAUAAGCCCCCCUUCCCAUUCCCUUUGAAAGAAAACAAGACAUGGCUACCCUAUUUGUGCUUCCUUUAAUUAGCCAAAAUUGAGGAUAAUAAUUUGGAACAGUGCUACUUGUUGAGCUGACCAACCAUGUUUCCUUUACAACGAGGCAAUGAGCUGGUGAUCCAGUUUUCUAAUGGUCUCCACCAGCAGCACAAAAUCUCCCAAGAUCUGAUUCUGGAUGAUCACGUUUCCGAUAAAAAAUUGCCUACAAGCCGCCCAAACAAACUAUUUUAUGAGCCCGGCCACGCUAAUUCUAACGAAUAUACAAAAAAGAUGGUUCACAGAGAGAUUGAAAGACAAAGGAGGCAAGAAAUGGCUACCCUUCAUGCCUCUCUUAGAUCCCUCCUGCCUCUUGACUUCAUCAAGGGAAAGCGUUCCAAAUCUGAUCAAAUGAACCAGGCAGUGAAUUACAUAAACCACCUGCAGAAGAAUAUUAAAGAAUUGAGUGACAAGAGGGAUGGACUGAAGAGGAAACUCUCCAUAAAUCAAAGCCUCGAAAGCCACCAUGAGACCAAGCAUGCUUCUGGAGGUUUCACUGUUCACCAGAAUAGUGGAGGCGGAGCUGUGGGGAUUGAAAUAAGUGGAUUCGGUGAGGAAGGAUUCUCACUUUCUAAAUUGCUUCAACUGCUGUUAGAAGAACGACUUGAAGUUGUUAGUUGUCUUUCAACUCAAGUCAAUGGCAGAUUACUCCACAGUGUGCAGUGUGAGGUUGACAAUUCCGACAGUGUAGAUCUAUCUGAGCUGAGAAGGAAAUUUUCUGAGUAACUUGGUGGUUUGGAAAUUAACACAUGACACACAUCUUUCUAACUGUUUCUUAUAUAUAGUUUAUUAGACUGAGUUUGCUUGCACUGUAUAUAUUGGAACCCCUCUGACUACUAUUUGGUUUUGAACCUUCUGCUUCCUUUGUUGGGUGUGAUAAGAGAAGGAAAAAACUUGUGUAGAUAAAAUUUGCUUUCCAUUCCCUUCACAGCUGUCUUUGCUUUUUGAAAUUUAUUGAUGAUAUCCGUUUUGUCUCAUUUUGAUAACCUCGUCUCUCAUCUCUGCUAAUUACAUGCAUGCAUGUCGAAGUUAAUUAAACUUUGAGAAAUCUGUUGUCCACUACGUAUAUAAUAAAUUUCGAGAAAAUUUUUUGUUAGGUAAAUGAUCUUCAUGUUGAUUUGAUUGCUCGCGAGAAUUUGACACCAAGUAAUUAAUUGGUAGAAGCCUUCCUUCUGAUUUUGAGUCUUGCUAGUAAUUUUUUUUUGCCGUUCCUCAGUUCUGAAUUAUUUUUAGGUUUGAAUAUUGAAAAUUUUCCCACACACAAAAGGUAUAUAUAUACAGCUAAAAUUAUAUACUUAGGAAGAUAAAGCCCGUUACCACACUAAACACUUACAUACAAGGAAAAAAAAAUUGAAUUUAUCAAUAAUUAAAAUCAACUUUUAUACCUUACUUUUUGAGAAGUUGAAUGAAAUAAAUUUAUAUAAAAUUAGAUAUAUAAAGUUGAUUUUAACUUAGAAGACACUCAAUUUUUUUCUGUAUUUGUAUAGAAAAGUUUAUCUGAAUAGGAAUAAGACCGUAGAACUACCACAUUCAGAAAUAGAAUUACUUCAAAAAAAA